GUUCAGUAUUUUUUCAACGCUUGCACACAGUCACACUGGUCGAUACAUAAGUAAAUCUUGCAAACAUGUUGGUUAAGCAUAUUGUCAAGCAGGGUCUGCUGCUCAGGAAUGCUGGGGCCAUGUCGCGCGCCGCUUACCACGGUGGACACCACAAGCACUCCACCAUGGACGAUUUGCCUGUCCCAGCUGGUGACUGGCAGGAGCAGUACAGCCGUAACAACACCAAGUACAAUGCCACCCUCUUGACUGGAAUUUUGAUUCUGGCCGGCACCAUUGGAUUUGUGAAAACUUCCGGCUUGAUUCACUUGAACUACAGCCCUCCCAGCAGCUUGGAUUAGAUCUUCGCCAAUCCCGUACAUUUCUGAUAAAUAUGUGUUGAAUAAGCUUAAAGUGGCGAAUUAGUAAAUCACAAUCCCAAACAA